AUGGCUGGGUGGACUGAUGACUUGGGAAGAACAACUCUCCUGUGGCCUCACACUGCUGCCUGUCUGUCUGUCACUCUAUCUGCCAGCUUCUUCAGCUCAAUACUUUUAGAAGGGUUUUGUAUUAAAUCAGUCAUUACAUAUGCACUAUAUUAAGUACAGGCAGGUAAUUUACCUGUUUACAGUAGUGUACUAACAAAUUCUCCCUUGCAGCUUCAGAUUGUCUAUAGACUUACAGCUCAAACAUGGGACCUGAAUAUCCCAGGUAGUUUUUUUAUACAUAGCUCACCUUUCUGAGACCAACUGAGCACGGACAGGUGCGGUAUAUGCAAGCUGCAAACAAGUAGGCCCUUUAUUCAUUGAUUUCUCCCCAUGUAAUGGGUGUUAAAUCUAUGUGUACUUAUUUGAUUUUUUUUUUCUAAGUUUCAACUGAGCUGCUGUUUUAUUUCAUGCAAUAUUGUAUACUCAAUUGUGUAUAGAAGAAGCUGGUGAGAGUGUCCUCCUACAUAAAUAAGCAAUUGCAGUGUUUUGCAUGCAAAAUUUUAAAAAUUUAAAUUGUCCUGAUUCUAUUUUGUAAAUGGAGAAACAAUCAUAUCUUUCUAAGCAGUAAUGGAGGAAGACUAGUGCUUUGUGCAUUUUGAUAUAUUUAAGUUCAUUUUUCCACAAUGUUAUACUUUUGACACAAUUGAGUUUCUCAUAAGUAUCCUAGUUCAUAUACAUCCGAAUGCUAAAUAAUACUGUGUUUAAGUUGUGUGUUGCAAGAACAAAUGGAAUAAACUUGAAUUGUGCUACA